UCCACCUCUCACGCGCUCUCUCUCACUCUCUCUCUCUCUAGUCAAGAUCGUCAAAAGCCGCAAAAACUAACCGUCGCCAGUUUUCUAUUUUCUACCAACACUCCCGAGUCGAGGUACAAGGUCCAGGACCAGAGUUUCCAUUUUGGGAAAGCAGGCUGCGAAGUGCGGACAGACGCAGACGCAGCACACUUCUCCAGUGCCGCGACAAGUCAAGGUGAAUGACGUCAUGCCAUUUGGGUGCCUUGCCCUGCGAGAUGGGCGGACUUACGAUAACAUAUCUGAUGUCACCGAAAAGUAUGAGAUCGGACAGGUGCUGCGAGCGAAGGAGUUUUGCGAGCUGUGCCUGGCAAAGGACAGACAGACAGACAAGGUGUUUGUCUGCAAGAAAUUCCUCAAGAAGGAUGGCAAGAAAGUCCGAAAGGCUGCCAAGAACGAAAUCAUGAUCCUGAAAUUGGUCAAUCACCCAAACAUCCUUCAGCUGAUAGACACAUAUGAGACCAGGAAAGAAUAUUUCAUCAUACAGGAACUUGCCACAGGAGGAGACGUGUUCGACUGGAUUCUGGACCAAGGGAAUUACACAGAGAGGGACGCUUCCAAUGUCAUCAGACAAGUCCUCGAGGCAGUGGCUUACUUACACUCCCUCAACAUAGUUCACAGGAACCUGAAGCUGGAAAAUCUGAUGUACUAUACAGAAAACAACCACAAGAAAGUUGUUCUGCGAGAUUUCUACCUGUCCAGGUUUGAGAAUGGACCUAUCACAGAACCUUGUGGAACACCAGAGUACCUGGCUCCUGAAGUGGUGGCUCGUCACCGGUAUGGACGUCCUGUGGACUGCUGGGCUGUGGGUGUGAUUAUGUACAUACUUUUAUCAGGGAACCCUCCAUUUUAUGAUGAGACAGAGGAGGAGAACACCGAUUUACAUAACCGCAUCAUCUUCUGUCGCAUUGUUGCUGGGGACUUUGAGUUUGAUGCUCCAUACUGGGAUGACAUUUCACCUGCAGCUAAGGAGCUUGUCUGUCGACUUAUGGAGGUGGACCAGAUGCUGAGAAUCACAGCACAGGAUGCACUUUGGCAUGAAUGGAUUGCAGGGAACGGUGCAUCAGAGAAGAACUUAAAAGAUGGUGUGUGUGCCCAGUUUGAGAAGAACUUUGCGAAAGCCAAGUGGCGGGAGUUGAAGAAAGCGAUCCGUGUGACCACCUUCAUGCAACGUCUGAAGAAUACAGAGGCACAAAAUGACAGUUCAGCUGAGGCUCAGGGCAGUGCAGAGACAGGAGAUGGUGAAGGCGGUGUGUCUGAUGAGGGAGACAAAGGGACAAGUGAUGGAGGGGUGACAUCAAGUAGUGUGUCGUUAGAGGUUACAGUUGAAAACACGCUGCCAGGUAUGGAUCAAGAUGAGGGAAAGAGUGAAGAAGAGAAAAAGGAGGAGGUAAAAACAACUCUAGACCUGUCUGUAGGAAUGUCCCCAUCAAAUAUUCAAGAGCCCCUUUGCCAGAUAAAUGCAAUCACUGACAUCACACAAAAGGACCCUGAUAAGGCUGGUGCAAAGAAAGCAGCAGGUGAUGUAACCAGGAAAAUCGCUGCCAAUUUGGGUCAAAAUAAAUUUGGUCCUGAAUCCAAACCGACCCCUGUGGCGAAGCAUGAGGCUGCCAAGCUGUCUGAUGGUUCUUCAAGCAUUAAUCUUGACAAAAAACAUGCAUUCUCAUCCCCUGAUCACAGUAGCAAACAUAAAAUGGAUGCAACGCUCCAUGGUCCUCUAACCACAGCCUCACCAGAGAAGACACAGGCUGCACAGAAGCAACAAAAGGAUGUGAGUGACAGAAGCUGGUGUUGGACACAAGUACCCGAGGCAGUCGCUGAGAGGUCAGUGGUGGCUACAGUCACUCCAGCAAUUGGUCCAGUAGCUGGGCUGGACGUAGGACUGGGAGUUAGGUCAAGGGGUGAUGCUAGUCCUGUUGGUAGAAGAGAUAGGGAUUCCAGGAGGACAGACAGAUACAGUGCAGAGUUUAGCGUACCCAAAGCAGGUCCUGCAACUGGACAAGGUUGUUACACAGUCAGCAGUUCUGCUAGUUUGGGCCGUCAUGCCACACCAUACAACCCAGACAUUGGGCCUGUAGGGAUAGGGAUGGCAGGGAGCUACGGGAGUCCGUACAGCUCACCAUAUACAGGUGGUGGAGGGAUGGGUUUUUAUGGGACUGGGCUACACCAUGGAGGAGGUGGGAGCAGCGCUACAAGCGACUGGCAAAUGGACACCGUGAUAGAGCAGAUUGAAAAGCAAAUGGCUGCUGUGCUGGAGAAGAUUGAGGGCGAAAUGCCCUCGCUGCUUGAGCAAAUCAGUGACUGCCCCACUGAGCAGCCCGCCGCCUCCCGAUCACAGCACUCCUCGACUGCAACUUCAGGCACUCCACCACCUCUUCCCACCUCUCCUAGGCCUACUCUGCCGUCUCUCCCUCGCCUUACUAUCCCUCCACCCUCCUACCCUCCACCCUCUCCUCCCACACAAGCAUCAACGCAGACUGUGGCAGAGCAGGAAGACAGGGAAGGACAAAGGGUUGCUUCUCGUUCCAGCCAGUCACCCCAAGCUGGGAUGGGGAGGGACCUCUGAAGAAAGUAUGCUUGGUGCAAUAUUCAACACCUGGAACACUGGAUUGCUAAAUCCUGAGGGUUUAUUGAGUCUCUCAACUGGAUGUAUUUUCCAAUUUCUUACCAGAAUUAACUUACCAUUUCAGACAUGAACUCCAAGAAAUUGGAGUUUGUUAUUCACAUAUGACGCAUGCAGCAGGAAAUUAUCUGGGUCAGACAUGUUCACAACAUUCAUACAAGUGGUGUUGCCUAAGUUGAGUAUACGGGAGGCAGGCAAUUGCCGCACUGGCCACAUACAUACCACUCCAUUUUUGUUUCAUGGUUUGCACAAAUAAAAACAAUCGUCAUUCAGACAGGCUCUGUAUUGAAAGUAAUCUGCAUCCACAUGAACAUUCCUGAAAAUGUUUUGUGUAUGUCCAUUCAAAUAAUCUGAGCAUGCACAUGCCAAUUCUAUUCAAUUUAAAAUUCAAAACACUUUAUUGAUCCCCAAGGGGAAAUUCAAGCGAAAUGCUUGCAAACCAAAUGCAGAUUUUCGCCUCCGCUUUCAUUUGUUUAGUUUCAGGAAAUACUAAAAAUGAAUAACAACAAUGGUGAAAAGUACGCACAGGAAGUCAUUUAGUGACAAUUAUUCAAUUCCAAUCAGGACGCAAAUGUGUGUAACUGCAUCAUUAUUUUCAAAGGUCUCCUUUUCUGCCCAUCCAGACCAAACCGCUUCCCAAGAGUUUUCAAACAGUGUUGAACAGCGGGGUAGUAUGGGUGGCAGGAGUAGUCAAAGUUGAUGCUUCUUAAAACAAAAUGGAGUUGUGUAGAUAUAGCCUCAAAUGCUGUGAAUUAUAUUGACCUUUCUCUUUUGUCUUCUCACAUGAGCUCCCUCAGACUUUUUCCAGAUAUUUGACUCUGGAGAAGUGAAGUGUGACAUUUGUGUCUCACAUACAGCUCCUCCAGACAAGGUCAGACACAUCCAGACUGUAGUGCAUUUCUAAAAACAGCGCUGCAGUGGGUUUGAUUUUGUAUUCAUUUUGAAAUUACUCUACCUGUGACAUCCGAGUACUAUCUCUAAUGCUGUGGUCAAGUCUAAUGUAAAUUCUCACGUUCUGCUGCGCCAUUAAGAUCAUUUUUGUGUUACUUUUGUGUCUAUUUGCGUCCAUUGCGACAGUGGCGCGAAUUCCAGAAGCCAACAUAUUUUGAGACGAUAGGAAGAGUGGGUAUUUAUUUUCACCAACUUGGCUGAAGUAAUGGGAGAUUGCUACACUCUAUCUUUUUUGGAAAGGACUAAACUUUUAUGGCAAGCUUUUUCUUUUUUGAAGGAUCUCUGAAGAUAAACCUUCUGGUGUUGUAAAGCUCUGGGUAUAUGAACACAGAGAUGAUAGGUUUUUCCUGGUUUGACUUUGUAUGUAAGCUCAAACGCAGCACAUUUGAGGAUGCGGCACAAAUUCUGGUGUGACUGCAACAGUAGACAGUUAUUCCCAGAGACUGGUCAGCACCUACAGAUUGGGUUGUGUGAGAUAUAAUAAAUUUGGUUUUAUUAAGCAUACAUGCAAGCAUGAGGUAGAGAGUCAUUUAUCAAACAUAUCACUUUGAAAUGGCGGGUUUACCUAUUCAAAAUAUGGCAGUAAAAAAUAGUCAGAAAUGUUUCCCCUGUCGCGAUUUAUAUUGUGAAUUGGGCGGC